UAUUUUUCCACAUUAAAAAUGUGUGGAAAAAAUCCACUCAAUAUAUUGGACUUGCCCAACGUGGUGUUAAUGGAGAUAUUUGAAUAUCUCAGUUACGAUGAAGUUUCAAAGAAAAGACUGGUUUGCCGACGUUUUGACCACAUAUGCCAGCAAGUAUUAAACGGAGGGUUUAAUAAAGUCAUAAAACAACAUUCGAUUAACUUUAAACGAAUAAAAGCUCUUCUGCCCCGCAGAGAAUCGGAGCGACGAAAUCACUGCCUGGCUCGGCAUGCAGAUAUUCUUACUUCCAUAGAGACGCGCAUAUCGAUGCUCUCAAUGACCUAUUCCAAAUAUAUGGACUUGAAUUUGUGCUGCUUUAUUCCUGGAAAAGUUCUGGAUGAAAUAUUUCGUAUAUUGCGUUUGAUAGCCAAAAGCAACAAACCGCUUAGGCCCCAUGAGGUGCUUCAAGAAUUGCGAGAUAUUUCAUCGAUGGCCAUAGAACAUUUCGAUGAAAAAAUUGUGCAUCAAUUGAAGAAAACUUUUGCAGACAACAGCAGCAAUAGCGGAAGUAGUAAUAAAAUGUGCUGUCCCGAGAUCAGACGUUUGACUCCCAGCAAUACCGGUCUGGGUAAUAUUUCGUUCAGUGGUAUGGGAGCUUCAUCCCCGCCGUUUGUAACACCUUACAUCUAUGGUAGUAAUGAAUAUGUUUUGGAACCUCUUCCUCAUCGUUUAGGAAGUACAUUAAAGCCCGCAGCCAGCAAUAGUGGUGCUGGCAUUAAUGCCGACCAGCAGUCACCAUCAACGUCGUCAGCAUAUUAUGGUGGUGGUGGUGAACGCCAUCACGCUGUAACACAUCCUCCAGGCGAUUGUCCAGAGGCUCGAUCAGCAAUGAUGUAUUGCAAGAAACUUGAAGCCGAUUAUAAAAAGGGUGUGGUUAAGAUGCACCGUAUGCAGCAAAUACAAAAUUUGCAAUAUAAACGUUUGCAACAGGCUUUAAGUUCCGUCGCUGAAUUGAAUGUACAGAUUGUUGAAUUGAAAAAACGCCUAGAGGAUGUUGAUGCCAAAAAUCGUGAAAUAUCGGCAAAUAUAAGGCACAUCAAUGGUGGUGCCUCGCCAGAUGCUGCCAAGACGACAGCAUCAGUGUGUAAUAACGACGCUGCCAUCACAACCGAUUCCAAUACUGAAAAUGCCACAACUAAUACAACCACAACCCCAUUGACAACUGAAACUGUAACUCCCUCGGCCACAAGUACUCAAGCUCAAUUUAGUGAAGAAACUGAAAAUAAAGCUGUGAAAAGGCGAUGUGACGAUGAUGGUGGCGGUACUGAAGACCCUGGUCCAUCAACAACGAAUAAGUUGGCCGAAGACAAUGUUGUAAAUGAAGAACAAGAACAAUGUAAUACAUCGUGUAUAGCUAUUAAAAAAGUUAAGUUAGACCAAUAA